AUGUUAAGCAUAAUGAAAAAGAGAAGAGAUUCAUCAUUUGCUAACAAAACAUUAAUUACUUUUUCACUUAUUAUACUGAUAUUUAAUCUAUAUUAUUUUGUUACAAAAACUAAAACAUCAUUAUCAUCAUCCGGAGAACUUAGUCCUAAUCAAUGUCAAUUAUCUAUGAAAGAAUCUGAUGAUUGGUUUUGUGAAUUAGAUUCCGAUUGGAAACGUCGAAAAAUACUUCAUCAUAUACAAGAUAAACG